UCAAAGCAGAUGAUUGUCACUGCGCUUUGUUGUAACUUGUGGUGAAAAAUAAAUAAAUAAAAAUAAUAUUCUGAAUCAUUGAGAGCUAUUAACUUCUGCAUCGGGUUCCAGAAGAUCAUCCCUUGAAGUCUGUGGAGCGAUGACACCGGCUUGCUAAGGCGGGUUCUACACUGAGUUGUAAAUCCGGCCCCGUACCGAUGCACUAGUGGUUGUGCCGAGCGUACAAGAAGCCACAGCCGCCAUGUCGUCGGUAAAGGUGGCAGUCAGGGUCCGCCCCUUCAACUCCCGGGAGAUCGCCCGGGAGUGCAAAUGCAUCAUUGAGAUGUCCGGGAAUACUACAGUGAUAACAAACCCGAAGGCACCUCCUGGUAGCAAGGAUGGCGCAAAAAGCUUCAAUUUUGACUUUUCAUACUGGUCACACAACCCAAGCGACCCAGAAUUUUCGUCACAAGUCAUGGUGUACAAAGACAUCGGCGAGGAGAUGUUACAACACGCUUUCGACGGUUACAACAUAUGCAUAUUCGCGUACGGACAAACCGGCGCGGGCAAGUCCUAUACUAUGAUGGGCAGCGGCAAGGAUGGCCAGGAAGGCAUCAUCCCACAGAUCUGCAAGGAUCUGUUCCGACGCAUCAGGCAGACCACCUCCGAUGACUUGAAAUACUCGGUGGAAGUGUCUUACAUGGAGAUAUACUGCGAGCGAGUUCGCGAUCUCCUCAACCCGAAGAAUAAAGGCAACUUGAGGGUCCGUGAGCACCCAGCGCUUGGACCCUACGUGGAGGACCUCAGCAAACUGGCGGUCACCUCCUAUCAGGAUAUAUACGACCUCAUCGAUGAGGGGAACAAGGCUAGGACUGUGGCAGCGACAAACAUGAACGAGACCUCGUCACGUUCUCACGCGGUCUUCACCAUAUUCUUCACGCAGCAGAGACAUGACCAGACCACUAAUCUUAUGUCGGAGAAGGUGUCGAAGAUUUCGCUGGUGGACUUGGCAGGGUCUGAGCGAGCUGACUCGACGGGCGCUAAGGGCACGCGUCUCAAGGAGGGCGCGAACAUCAAUAAGUCACUCACAACCCUCGGAAAAGUCAUCUCGGCACUCGCUGAAAUUUCGGCGUCAAAGAGUAAGAAGUCGAAGAAGGCAGACUUCAUUCCGUACCGUGACUCGGUGCUGACGUGGCUGCUGCGGGAGAACCUUGGAGGCAACUCCAAGACGGCUAUGAUAGCUGCUAUAUCGCCCGCCGAUAUUAACUUUGAUGAAACUCUUAGUACACUCAGAUACGCUGAUCGAGCCAAACAGAUCGUCUGCAAGGCGGUCGUCAACGAGGACGCGAACGCGAAACUCAUUCGUGAACUCAAGGAGGAAAUACUCAAGCUUCGCGAGUUACUCAAAGCUGAGGGCAUCGAGGUCGAAGAAGGACCAGAUGGUAAAGUCCUUUAUGAAAAGAAAGAACAGCCUACCAGAGAAGAGAACAACUCUUCGCCGCAGCGCAAGAAGAGCGAGGCUGAAGUGCUAUCGCCGAAGCUGUCCCGAGCGGCCACGACUAUUGCCGAAGAGGCUGUGGAUCAGUUGCAGGCUUCCGAGAAACUUAUUGCUGAACUAAACGAGACAUGGGAAGAGAAGCUAAAGCGCACAGAACAGAUUCGCGUACAACGCGAGGCGGUCUUCGCGGAGAUGGGUCUGGCCGUCAAGGAGGGAGGCAUUACUGUCGGCAUCUACUCGCCUAAGAAGACCCCUCAUUUGGUCAACUUGAAUGAGGACCCUAAUCUGUCGGAGUGUCUCAUUUAUUAUAUUAAAAACGGCGUGACCCGCGUCGGUACAUCAGAAGCGAACGUGCCGCAAGACAUCCAACUGUCUGGGUCUCACAUUCUGAGCGAGCACUGCAUCUUCGAGAACACGGACGGAGUCAUACUCCUAAUUCCGCAUAGAGAUGCGCUGAUUUACGUUAAUGGGCGUGAGCUAACCGAGCCAGUGAUCCUCAAGUCCGGCUCCCGCGUGAUCCUGGGCAAGAACCACGUGUUCCGCUUCACGCACCCCGGACAGCCGCGCGAGGAGCCCGUCAACAAGGAGAAUAAGGAGCUCACUGAUACUGCUAGCAGUAAUGAGAGUGACUCCGGCAGCACAGAUGCGGACGGUAAGAACGUGGACUGGGACUACGCGCAAUGCGAACUGCUGGAGAAACAAGGCAUCGACUUGAAGGCCGAGAUGCAGAAGCGCCUGAUGGCUCUCGAGGAGCAGUUCCGCCGGGAGAAGGAGCAUGCUGAUCAGCAGUUUGAGGAGCAGCGCAAGAACUACGAAGCCCGCAUCGAUGCUCUGCAGCGUCAGGUGGAGGAGCAGAGCGUCACCAUGUCUAUGUACAGCUCCUACACUCCGGAAGACUUCCAUAACGAUGAGGAUAUAUUCGUAAACCCACUGUUCGAGACGGAAUGCUGGUCAGCCCGCGAGGUGGGUCUGGCGGCGUGGGCUUUCCGCAAGUGGAAGUACCACCAGUUCACCUCGCUGCGAGAUGACUUGUGGGGCAAUGCAAUCUUCCUCAAGGAAGCCAACGCAAUCUCAGUAGAACUGCGCAAGAAAGUACAGUUCCAAUUCACUCUGCUAACGGACACCCCCUACUCUCCCCUCCCCGCGGAACUCGCUCCGCGCGAUGACGCGGAUGACGAGUAUCGCCCCUCCGCGCCCACCGUGGUCGCCGUUGAGGUCACUGACACUAAGAACGGAGCUACGCAUUAUUGGACGCUCGAGAAGUUACGCCACCGCCUGGAGCUCAUGCGUCAGAUAUACAACAUGAACGAGUGCGCGUGCGACGACGAGCCGCUCGUGCUUGCGCCGGCGCCGCUGCCGGCCGUGCCGCCGCAGCCCGACAUACUGCACUGUAUAUCUGCGUGCGCGCAGCAGACACGACUCUCGCUAGCCAACCUGCUGCCCUCCAGACAACGGCUGGAGCUGAUGCGUGAGAUGUACCACAAUGAGGCGGAGUUGUCUCCCACUUCGCCUGAUCACAACAUCGAGUCUGUGACCGGUGGGGACCCCUUCUAUGACAGAUUCCCGUGGUUCCGUCUAGUUGGACGGAGCUUCGUAUAUCUAUCGAACCUGCUGUACCCCGUUCCGCUCAUUCACAAGGUGGCCAUCGUGAAUGAGAAAGGAGACGUCAAGGGCUACCUGCGGGUAGCCGUGCAGGCUGUUAUCGACGCUGAGAAAAACAACGCAGAAUUCGCAGCGGGCGUAAAGCAGUCGGCCAAGAUAUCGUUCGACGACGACGUGGCGCCGGUCCGACGCGCCAAGCUGUCGGCUGUUGAUAAGAAUAAUGCGAUCAACCUCGACGAGCGCAUCGGUGAUGUGCCUGACUCUAAUAUCAAGAUUGAAGAACUGGCAAUGGGCGAAUGCGACGCCGACAGCGGCCGUGGUGACAGUUCUCUCGCCUCCGAGCUGAAGGAGGAAGAUCUGCCGGAACACCUGACACUCGGCAAGGAGUUCACCUUCCGCGUCACCGUGCUGCAGGCCCACAGCGUAUCUACUGACUACGCUGACGUCUUCUGCCAGUUUAAUUUCCUACACCGCAACGAAGACGCAUUCUCGACUGAGCCCGUUAAGAAUGCGGGCAAGAACACACCGCUAGGAUUCUACCAUGUACAAAAUAUCACAGUCCCAGUAACGAAAUCGUUCGUGGAGUACAUAAAGACGCAGCCGAUAGUGUUCGAGGUGUUCGGUCACUACCAGCAACACCCGCUGCACAAGGUAAGCGCUCUAGACGCAAAACAAGACGGGCCCGUAGGAGGGCGUACUCCCCCUCGCCGCAUGCUGCCCCCCUCCAUCCCCAUCUCGGCCCCAGUACGCAGCCCCAAGUGGGGCGCGGCGGCGGUGGCGGCCCCCUGCUGCAGCUCGCACCUGCACUCCAAGCACGACCUGCUCGUGUGGUUCGAGAUCUGCGAGCUGGCUCCGAAUGGGGAGUAUGUGCCUGCUGUGGUAGAGCACUCAGACGAGCUCCCCUGCCGGGGCCUGUACCUGCUGCACCAGGGCAUACAGCGACGCAUCCGCAUCACUAUCCUGCACGAGCCCUCGCAGGACCUGCAGUGGACUGACGUCAGGGAACUCGUUGUCGGGCGUAUCCGCAACUCUCCCGAAGCUAACGAAGACACGACAGAUGGUGACGAGGACGGAGCUCUGUCUCUCGGACUGUUCCCCGGCGAGAGGCCUACACUUGACGACCGCGCGGUGUUCAGGUUCGAAGCGGCAUGGGACAGCAGCCUGCACGGGUCGCCGCUGCUGAACAGGGUCAGCGCCAACGGAGAGGUCGUCUACAUCACGCUCAGCGCUUAUCUCGAGGUGGACAACUGCAGCCGUCCCGCCAUCAUUACCAAGGACCUAUCCCUGGUGGUGGUGGGCCGCGAGGCCCGCACGGGGCGGUCGCUGCGCCGCGCUCUGUUCGGCUCGCGAGCUGCGCGAGCUGACCACAUCACCGGCGUCUACGAGCUCAGCCUGCACCGAGCUCUGGAGCCAGGAGUACAACGUCGUCAGCGCCGGGUAUUGGACACAAGCGGCACGUAUGUGCGCGGUGAAGAGAACCUACACGGAUGGAGACCACGCGGCGACUCGCUCAUAUUUGAUCAUCAGUGGGAGUUGGAGAAGAUGACCCGGCUAGAGCAAGUGGGUCGCACGCGACACCUGCUGGCGCUGCGCGAGCGACUGCGCCACGGACACGAGAACACCGUCGCGCCCAACGACUUCACCAAGACCGAGAAGGAGGUAUGCAACAUGGCAGCUAAGGCCGCGUCGGAGAGCGCCCGCGACGAGUCGCUGUACGAGCCGUGGGACAUGACGCCCAGAGAGAAGGAACUCGCCACCAAGUACAUCAAGCUUAUACAAGGAAGGAUAGGGUCAGGCAAGGAGGUGGAGACGGCGGCGUCCCCCGCGACGCCGGUGGACGAGGGCGUGUCGGCCGACAUCUCCACGCCCAGUCUGCUCUCCUCCAUACACAGCGCCAGCAGCAUAGAACUAUGCUCCCCGGAGCGCGGUCUCCUGGAGAAGUCGGUAGCGGGCUGGGCGGGCAGCCACGCGGCCGCGUCGCCCCACGCGGCGGCGCUGUACGUGCCCGACUGCGAGGAGGUGCGCGUGUCCGCGGCCGUGGCCAGGCGCGGACAUCUCAACGUGCUGCAGCAUGGGACUCAUGGGUGGAAGAAACGCUGGCUGGUGGUCCGCCGGCCAUACGUGUUCAUCUACCGCGACGAGCGUGACCCCAUCGAGCGAGCCGUCAUCAACCUCGCCAACGCUCACGUCGAGUACUCCGAGGACCAGGAGCAGAUGGUCCGCAUGCCCAACACCUUUAGCGUGGUGAGCAAGGAGCGCGGCUACUUACUGCAGACCCUCGGCGACAAGGAAGUGCACGACUGGCUGUACGCCAUCAACCCGCUGCUGGCCGGCCAGAUCAGGUCUCGCUCGGGGCGGCGCGGCGACAAGGCGGCGGCGCCAUGAGACGCCCUCAUCAUGGAGUCUAUCCUCGUUUUUUAAAUGCGUCUCCGAUGGAACGCUCGCUCAUCGCGCCUUGCAAAGGCAUUGAAACCGCUCGGAGGCACAGCUUUAGGAAUUAAACUGGUCAUUAGGAAUGCAAAGAAUGUUGUUAAAGUUUCUGAAUCAACGUGAAUUGGUAACAUACUAUCGAUAAAUCAAAGUAAUCAACCAUUAAAUCGCCGAUUUGACCAAUAAGCGACAAUUUCAUGGCUGGUUAUGGUUUGGUUAUCAUUGUAGUUACCUGGUGCAACCCACUUUUAAAAAUAUUCUGAAGGUUUCUUUGGCAAGAAACUUAAAGAGUGUUGAAAAUGAUAUCGAUAUCUAAAUCCGAUGAAAUUCUCUUUGAUUCAGAACUGGUGAAAUAGCCUUUCUGCAUAUCAUAUAUUUAAGCGUUAAAAUUCAGACUGACUACGCUAGCGGGUUGUUAGGGUAGCUCAAGUAAAGUACUACAAGUACUUUCAGACUGAUUUUAACAUUUACCCAUAUUUAUCAUCUUUGACCGCACUGUGUAAGCAGUUGCAAGCUAUACGUACAAACAAAAUGUAUGAUAUGCAAAAAGAUUGGUAAGAGUCUAACUUAUCGAUAUUGUAAAAGUAUAUUUUAUACUAAUGUUGUCAGGUUAGACGAUGAAAUGUCAACGAUAAAGUGAAGAUGUAUCGAUCAGUUUAAUUCCGAAAAUCGAGAAAAAUAAUAUCGAUUAUAGUGAUGGAAUCCGUGACUGGUUUGGUGGGGCAUAGUCAUUGAGUGCUCAAAGAAGAGCUUUUAUUUACUGUGGUUCAUAACUCUUAUAGUAUGAGAGAUAUUUAAUUUCGUAUUCAAAGUUGCCAAACUCAAAGCUUCUAUAGUGAUGUACAUGAGUCGAUAAAAGAUUGAUUGACAAGACUUAACUUUUACAACCAUCACUACAAUUUUUCAUACUUUAUAUACGAAGUUAACUAUUUCUAAACAUUAUAAUUAUUUUGUUUCAUCUACUCUGGGACCACGAGAUAAUAUGAAAUGCAAAUGAAUCAAUUAUUUUAGCAUAUCUAAGUUUAUUAUCAGUAUUAUAUGAGGCAGCUGCAUUUAAUGCGAUAUACGAUAUAUACGUAAAUAGAUAUAUAUGUAUAUUUUAUUUAUAUUUGCUAAUUGGAUAAUAACACCAGUCCUUGGCACUGACAUUGGACUUAUAUAUUUUUAAUUAAAACAAUAAAGUGUCUUUACAAAUUAUACAAUAUUGAUGUAGCUUAAUUCCUAUUUAUAUAACAAAGUAAUAUUAUAUACUGUUGAAAAGAAAUUUUAUUAUUUUAACGAAAAAUAUUCAAGUGCCAAACAUGAAGCCGAUAACUGGUCAAUUAAUCCUUAUGUUUAGAGUUUUAUAGUUUAGAGCGGGAGUCGAGAGAGUCGGGACCAAACCGGUGCACUGAUUAUAACAGGAACGGGGUAAACAAUAUAUUUACAAUGAGUAUAACACGUGCACAAUAUAUUGUGUGCGUCUAGCGACAGUACGAGCUGUUUCAAUGUCUUCAAUGCCUAGUACAUAUUUAUUUUUAUCUACCUUGUAAUGGCAACCUUGGGCCACGACUCUAACAUAGCUCCAUUCAUUAGUUAACAAUUAUAUCGACACAUUACGAGUAUGAUACCAGCAUUUAUGUAACUUAUCUGUCGUGGCCCAUCGGCCAUCUUGUAGCGACUGUUAAUGCGUAUGUCUACGUACAACUUCUGUGCAAUAAAAACAAUAAUUAUGCGUUGCGCACAAAUAUCGGCGAUGUGUGAUAGACUCCAUUUUGUAACAUGACUAAUGACUAUAUCUAAGAAUUUAAUGAAAAAAAUAACAUUGUACUUGUGAAAAGACAAAUUACUGAACUAUAUAAAUUUUCUUCUAAUGUUGGAUACAUUAUUAAUGUAAUUUACCUUGUAUAUACGUAUGACCCGAACGGUAGUAUAAAAUUAUAUUUUGAGGCUCAAAAGGCCGUGGAGGCGGUAGUCCGAACUCGUAUGUCGUCAUACGUAAUCGUUUCACGUUUUAGUAUCGAUUGUAAAUACAUUGAAUAUUUGUAGUUAAAUAUAGACUAUGCAUUAUAAAUCAUUUACGCUACUUUAUGUAGUUGGUAAUAUCAUUUAACUUGAUAUUGUUUUGUGUAACGAUGUUUUCUUUCAAAUUAUAUGGGAUGUAUAAAGUAGGUUAAUGUGAUGUUACUCAGGUAUAAAGUUUCGAUGAUUUCUCGAUUACCGAUUAUUCCGUUCGGAGCAUUCCGUACGUUCUAGUCAUAUACCGUGUAGGUACAUGUAUGUGAUAGAGUAGCCCUAUGCUGUGCUGCGAACAAUCACAAAGUAGAGUGUUAAUACGUGUUCAGUGUUACGUUCCCCCCCACCCCCUCCCGCUCCUCGUCCUGUCCCAGUCCCUCACCGGUCCAUACACUACAUAUAUUUAUUCCGACACGACAUAAUAUCAUCGUAGGUAGAUAAUGAAUGUGACUGUAGUUUUAUAUGGAUGAUCCUUUAUAGGCAUUACUUUUGUCUCAACACUGUUGUAAGUCCGAGCAUAGUUUACUCUCGUUACCGCUUCGAUAAAUGUGGAAUAAAAUAUAAUAAUUGUCACUAUACUAUCGCUUUUAGGUGACUAUUUUUCAUUCAAAAUCGAGCAUACAUAGUUAUAUAACAACAUUGUAAGCUUAAGACUUAAUAGUCUUUGUAAAUAUUUUACUUCGUUUGGUACUUACAUGGGUUACAGAAAAUUAAAAAAAAAAAUAGCUUUCUCCUGUUAAAAGUCCAGUCACACCGGCUUACACACUCAACUGUAGACAUAAAAUAUUCGGCUAACACUAGAGAAUAUCCUGAUAAUAAUUUAGCGUAUAAUAAACGUAGCUAUAAGAACAAAAAGUAUUAUCCAAAAUUUAGACAUGCUGUGUGUUAUAGGUAAUAUUUCUUAAAAUUGAAAUUAAUACAAUAUUGUCGUCGAGAUUAUUAAAUGAUUAUGCAACGUUUCAGUUGGUACAGCACAACGUCAAAUGUAGCAAAAUUAUUUUUCAUUCGUGUACCGGUUCGAUUUGGCGAUGUGCUUUAUUUGAAUAUGAAACGCUCUUAAAAAUAUAAGAAUCUUUAAACAGAUUACUAUGUCCAAGUACUUCUUCACCAAAAUUAAUAUUUGUGUAAUUCUUCAAUAGGUGUGUUUAUUGUAAAGGAUGAAAGAGAUCUCAGCUGAAUGACACGUUUGUUAACCUUUCUUUUCUAGUCAUUUUUUGUAUUUACAUUACAUUCCAAAGUUUGUAUAUUACUUAUUUCCGUUUUUGAAAUAAAUAGGGUAAUGUAUUUUGCAUAGCAAAAUGGUGUUUACGUAGUGUAAUAGAGAGCAGGAUGAUGAAACAACGGUGUGUCGAGGCGGCUGUAAAGAUAUUUUUUAUAGCUUUUUAUUUCCUUUGACGUUUAGUUUGGCUAAUUCGCGUUUAGUUGUUAUAUUAUUGUAAUUCUAUGAAACUAAACAUUUUAAAUUAGAGAUACAGCUGACGCUGGAUUAUAUUUUUUUAUAGAGUAUACUGUUUAAGCUAUACUGCUAUUUUUAUAGGACUAGCUGUUGUUUUGAUUACGUUUGUUUGUUUCUCAAGUAUUUAUUUGGUAUGCGUCGUUGUGUUGUGGUGCGCGGGCGCCGGUGUGACGUCACGGGUCGGCGCCGCGCUCUUGUGAUUACGAUAGUGAUUGUUGAUUGUUGGGCGAGAAUGAUAUUGAAAACAAAUUAUAUAUUCUAUAUAUAAUUUAUGAAUUUCAUUCAAUUUAUGAAAAUAAGAACAAUGUAAUGAUUGGUAAUAUUACUCAUUGCUCUAAAUGUACUAUCAAAAUAUAUUAUACACAGUGUUAAAGGUCAUAAAUAAAAUGCUUUGAAAAUUUCCAAA